AUGGCACCCCUUGAUUCAUUUGAUACCCCUUCUGCAUCUUCAGCAGAUGAUUUACAACAAGACCCUGCAGUGAAGUCACAAAUACCCUCGAUCGUCAGCCAAGCUGCCAAUUUCUUGUCUCGCUGUAACUUAGGCUCCCUUGUCGCCAUUGCUUUUGGCUUACUUGCCUGCCUGUACCUUAUUUUUGGGCGGUUGGCCCUACUUUUGUUCGGCGUCGUCGGCGGUGUGUUGUUACAUGCAUGGUGGGAUGAGAUUGGUAGCGCCUCUGGCAGGUGCGCAACUGAUGAAACGAAAAGACGACGUCGUGAGCUUGGCGUUGAAGUCGCCGCAAGGUUGAUGCGAUUGGAAGGGGCCUCAACACAGUUGAUGCCGGCUAAUUGUCAGUCCAAAGCACGGACUGAUGAGUUCGAUCUUUCCAAAUUGCACCCCGCUCUCGCUGCUGCUUUGAAAGCACUCAUAGAUGCUGUGGUUGAAGAUUAUGUAAGAUGGUGGUAUGAGCCAAUUUUACCUGCGGAGCAAACUUUUCCGUAUGCUUGUCGCAAUUAUCUUGUUCGCUUUGUCUGCUCGGUCUCCGCUCAUCUUGGGCACAAAAGGCCCGCCGAAAUUUUCCUACAGUUUGUCAUGAAUUCUUCUUCGGUCAUGAUUGUGUUGCUCAGCGAGCUAUCAUUGGCUCUUGGUCCUACUAACACCGGGAAAACAUCGGUGGACGAAGCUAUAAAUGCAUACUUGGUGGAAAGCCCGGAGAGUGGCCUGGCGAAUAUUCUGUCAGUGGAACAACAGCAGGAAAAGUUAAGCAUUAUGGCCAAUGAACUAUUAAAAUUAUUCCUUGAUCCCAGUGGCUACAACUGCGAGCCGGUCAGGAUUUUUCUCCGUGAAAUACUCACCGGCGUUAUCUUCACAUCCAUCAUUGAAACAUGCUCGGCACCAGAAUACAUCAAUGGUUGGAUUAUUCACCUUUUCGAAACUGGGGAGCCCGAGUUUAUAAAUGCGAUAGACGCUGGAUUGGAUGCUUUAGACCAAGUCAGCAACAGCAAUCUGGAACCUGUUCCUCUUGACCUCCCCUCAACUAUCACUAACACACGUUCAACGAAGGGCCAGGAACCACCUGCCGACCAACCACGCCUCAACGCAAUCAAAACCCAUCUGGCCGAAUCCGAACCAACGUUACUUCUGAAUGCAAACCGAGAUACAAGGGCAGGCUCCCCGAACCGCAACCUUGAUGGAGCGGCUAAUUCCGACCAAGGGUUAUCUCAACCUAGACGUUACCAUGAUGAUAUCGACCCUUUUGAAUUUCCAGUGCUACCUCUUACAUUGAAAAAUGGUGAUAGUAUGGAUUCCAAUGCCCCUGAGAUACAAGAUUAUGCAGUUGCAGAAGAUGAGUCUGCGCCUCCGGCUUUUACCGACGGCUCCGAUCUUUCAAAAGAGCCGAAUGUGGCCUCUGCUCGCUCUCAUGACGACCUACCAGAAGCAGUGACCUCAGUCGCUAUGAAAUUUCAUAACGCAUCGGUAUCUAUUCUUGACGACUAUUCUACGAACGAUGGUAUUCUGCGUUCCAAGCCCACUGUCGAAUAUCUUUUACAGAUCGAGUUAAAGAGAUCGCAUGUUACCGGCUGGAUGAUUGCAAGGAAAUAUACCGACUUCGAAUCGCUUCAUGAAACCUUACGUCGUAUAUCCGUGGUCUCUGGUAUCACCGAAUUCUCACUGCAACAUUCCGAUCUACCGAGUUGGAAGAAUCGAAAUGGGCAAGACUUGCGCGAACGCCUUGAGAGAUAUUUACAAAGCGCAUUACGUCAUGAAUGUCUUGCCGACUGCGAAGGGAUGAAAAGAUUCCUCGAAAAAGACUUAGGAACAUGGUCUCAAUCCAUGCCUGGCCCCAUUCGGAUGGGGUUUCCGUUCCGGAACCCCACGGUGCUAGAAAACAUGGGCAAAGGGAUGUUGGGUGUCAUAAGUACUGCCCCUAAGGGUGUUGCAGAAGGGGGUAAAGCAAUGUUUGGCGGGAUGUCUGGCUUGUUUAACUCGGCGACAACCGGAUCGAAGAAGGCUAGCACUGAAAACCCCGUAUUUCGAAGUCAUUCGGGACCCAGGAAGGCGACAGCUGAACCUCCCGCCUCUGCGGUAACGCAAACCCAACAAUUACCCCUCGAGCGGGCUCAGCUAUAUGACCAUGGAUACAAGCCGGUACCGCCAUCUGUAGAGUCUGCUCAAGUACCUACUACAAUCCCGUCGGCUUCGAUGAUACCAAUAGAUCCUAACACUCUUCAAGAGCGGGGUUGCGAAUCUGUCUUAGAUCACGUCCAAUACCCUCAGGACUCGUCACCACAAUCCACCCCCCAAGAUAUCCGUGAUGAUAAGCUUUCCGUUUCUAAUUCCAGCGAACAAUAUCCUCAGUUUAACGAUGGACCUCAGGACCCACAAUUUACAAACCUGGCAUCAAAUUCACAAACUGCUCUUUCAGAGGACGAGACCAUCAUGGUUGUUGAAUUGCUGUUUGCAGUUGUCAAUGAGAUAUACGGCUUAUCCUCAGCCUGGAAAUUCCGAAAACGCCUGUUGCAUGCUGCCAAAACGUUCCUACUACGACCUGGCAAUCCAAAUCUUGACGCUAUCCGUCUGCUUAUCCAAGAUUCAGUCAUACAAAAGCACACUACACACAAAGCCCUAGCAGAUUAUAUCAACAUGUUGCGCGAAUCUCGUACCAGCGCGCAAAACCAGGACGAACCCAGCGCAUUAAAUGAUCGGAAACAAUUACGGGACAAAGCUCGAAGCUUAUUUAUUGCAAACGGUAUGCCUCGAGCACUAGUGAGCUGUAUGGGUACCACUGCGACGGGUGAGGCCCUCGGACGAAUUUUUGACUGUCUUCAAGUAGAGUCUGUUGCAAAAGGGUUCGUCUGCGCUCUCUUGUUGCAAGCACUGAAGGUAAUUGUACAAUGA